ACCGGCUUCCUGCUUAGCACUACUGCUGUUGUGUUCGCCUCCAGCGUCGGACGUCCGGUUCCUGGCUUCACAUCCUGUCCAACAUACGCGGUCAGAUAGAGCAAGGAAUUGCUUUAUUCAGAACCUGUGAUUUUAGUGCAUUUUCAUCGUUUUAAUAACGAAUAUGAAUUAUAUUUAUGUGGCUAAUCAUUUUAAAAAUUUAAAAGAACAAUAACUUUUUUAUUUAUUUUAUACGUACAGUUUAAUUAUAUCUAGUUGUUAAAACCUGAUAGUUCUGAAGUGUUCGUAUGUGGUGUCUUUCGUAAUUAACUGACAUUCAGAUUCAGUGCAUAGAAAUCCCAUAUGUAGUGCAUCGUUAAAAUUGUGAACGGAAUGUUGAAAGAAGGUUUCGAUUCUCACCAGACGAAUGGCUUUCUGAUCUCGUAUACGUCAAGGCUGUCUGCGGGGUCUACCUGUUUCUUACCCACUGCGUUGGAGGGAAGUUGAGACCAUUCACUUUCUUCUCAUCUAAUUCCGAUGUCUAGAAUGCUUCGAGCCUCGCGUCAAAGCCAGCCAGGUCUUCAUGGUGUAUUUAUUAAGGUGGAGUAUCCGAUGCUGACGGAAGGGUUAGAAUGGAACGACAUUUUUCACUCCAGCAGGAAGCAAACAGAGGCAAGAAGAGACUUCGCUGUGCAGAUUCAAAAACGUCUCAUUGAGAUUAUUUAAGCAUCAAGUUUACGAACUGACUAAUCUGCCUCAUUAUGGUGAAGGCUGUGUGUGCAUUUACGUGUAGAUUGUUAUUUAGUGUCCAGCUGUUAACAAUUUUGACUCUGAUGCUCGCGAUAUUCGACGUCAAAAUCUUCAUUUGCGACGCUUCUGUUAUGUCGCGCGUGCUCGGUGGAUCUGAUGUCCGUCAUCACAUUCACAGUUCUCAGCCACAAGUGUCCAAGUUUCAAAAAGAUGGGCCAGCAGACCAUUCAUCAAGUUCUACACACACACAGACUGACGAUAGCCCCAGCUCAUUUGCCUCACAGAAACACCGAUUUGUAUCAGAUGUCGGUAGGCUGACCUCAGCAAAUGGUCAGCAAAUUGUUUCCGAGACGAAAGACUCCGAUUUGACCACGAACAGUCCGUAUUUUUCCCACAUGAAAGCGACGAUGUCACACACUGUUACUCGCGAGUUAAAGAAAUCUUUUAUGUCACACCAGAAAUCCAUUAAAGAAGAUGUACCAUCUGCUGGAACAACUUUCUUUACCGAAAGAAAUGAACGGGCUGGUGAAAUUCGUUCGAAAUUCGAAUCAGGUCCAAAGCAGUUCACGGAGAAAGAGCUUAAGUUACCGACAACUGAUCGAGAAUUAAGUGAAUCGAACGGUUCCUUUCACAGCGAGAAACAGUCAUUCAGAUUUAACGUCAACGAUUCGGAAAAUAUCUUCUUUUCAAACACUUCUACACCCACCACGAAUGCGAAGGCAAUAUACGAAUCGCUGAAAAUGCAAACAUUGUAUGAAGGAGGGAACUCGUAUAUAAACCUUAACAACUUUCAUGAAACCAACUUAUCUUCGAAGAAAUUAAUCUCAAAUUUUACAAGCAAUACAAGUUUCCCUGUACAAGAAGAGAGCACUGACGUACAGGUAAAUAAAUUAGCAAAGGAAAAUUCAAUUGUACAAGAGAUAUCAAAGCCACUACGAAAUAUACUCAUUAAAAUAAUUAAUAGCAGUAACAGUACGCACAAUGAAUGGAGCCUUCAGGGAAAACACAGUUCAAAUUUAAACGCAGGCACUGAAAUGAGCGAUGACGCAAUUACGAGUGUGAACACAAAAGGCUCAGGCAUUUACGGUUCCACAGGCUUGAGUAUCGGCGAAACGGGUGGCAGUCUGGUUUUAAAAGCUUCAGAAGCUGACGACGAGAAGCUGGCUGGUGUGUCAACUCUGAUCAAUACAAACAUUACCGAGAGUGAAACAAGAGACAGUUUUGUUAGAACAGAAAAGAAGAUGCGUCUAGACGCCAACCCCACGGAAGAGACUUUCAGCGUAGUACGAGAUACAGAGGUGGCUGGACCGAGUAGUAAUACUGUUUACACUGAAGCCCAGCAAAGUGAAUCCAGAAUUCAAAAUAUUGGAACGACGCUCGAUGACGCAGAAGGCUUCGUAAAUAACAAUUUAGAUAUCAACAUUUUAAACGUUCAAGUUGAAAACCCUAUCAUCUACGGAGUGACAAUGGUUGAAAUAAAUGGGUCGAGGGUGGAUGAAACUGGGGGUAAUAAUUCGGAAAAUACGGGAGGGGGUUUUGAUGACGUAGAAGGAGAUAACAGUGUUAUUUAUAAUACUGAUACAGUUCACAAUGUGAGUUCAACUCUGACGCCAUACACCCUGGAGCAAGAUUUAGGAAAUGUUAACAAUUUUAAGUUAUCAGGUCAAGUUAAUUCUGAUGCGUCAAACAGUGAUAAUACCGGAAACGUCGGUGACCUUGAGCAGACUUUCGGAAGAAGAGAUGAGACUGGUGAUACUUCCACGACCUCGCUGUCACAGGAGAGAGAAAAGGACAGUUUAAGAACGUUAAGAAUCAGAGACACUGCGAGGUCACAACUUUAUAAUGUCAGCGUAAGUGAAUUCUUGUUCAAAACUGGUCAGAAUAGUUCAGAUUUCAUGAAACAUUUAAAUUCAGAAAAUACGCGGCCCAUAAGCGUACCUCGCGCAAGUGAUAUGGAGAAAUUGUCGACAGAUACGAACAUUUCACAGAUUAUAACCCAAAAACUAAUUCUAAAUGCUAGUGAUCUUCCUCCAGGAAACAAUAGAACAAUUUAUGUUGAAAACAGUAAUUCUGUAAACGAUAAUGUGGCAAUUAUUACUCAUUCAAAUGACACAAAAUUUUAUGGAGAAUUGAGCUUGGAGUUAACAGAUGUGAAUAUCCAAGUUACUUCCACAUUAACGUCUACGCAGUUCAUAAACAGCAGUAAUUCCGUAGGUGAUGACAAGAUUAACCACGGGGACAAACAAUCAGAAAACGUAACGUUUAAUAAGAAUACGUUUACAAAUUUUAUUACGUCAACGGCCGGUCACAGUUUCACAGCAAACAACGACGUCUACAAAAAUACUAGCAAACUCGAAAAUGGAGAAUCUGCGUCAGACUUAAGAGAAUAUUACAAUACUAGCGAAACAAAUUACGAAUUUGUCGCGUCGGAGAGUUACGACAUAAAUUUUUCAACUCCCGCGUCUUAUUACACGGAUGAAAGCAGGUGGAACACAGCCUACCCACCCCAAUCGAGCACAGAGUCGCAUUUCAGAUCAACAUCGGAUAUUUCGGUAGCGUUUCUACGUAAUGACAGUGCGUCAGAUGGAGUGCCAGCGUGGCCGGUGAAGUUAUCUGCCGAAGUGUCGGGCGAUUUGAUCUUGGGAGGACUUAUGAUGGUUCACGAACGAGAGGAUUCUAUAACGUGUGGUCCCAUCAUGCCACAAGGAGGCAUCCAAGCUUUGGAGACGAUGCUCUAUACUCUGGACGUACUUAACAGGGAUCCCCAGAUGAUACCCAACGUGACCAUCGGGGCCCACAUCUUGGACGACUGCGAUAAGGACACGUAUGGACUUGAGAUGGCUGUGGACUUCAUUAAAGUGUUGACUGCGCGGAGCUUGUCUGAAUCGAACGUACCCGACCGACUACAGGCGUCUCUUCACCUUUGCACCCCUCCGACGCCGUGGUUCGGGCGGAGCCGCGAGUGGUAGUGAGCGUCCCGCAGUCUGUCUAUU